CGCUGUAUGCCCAUAAAAUCCAUUCUGGCUUCUGGCACGAUGUCAACAAGCCAGAGUCUUUUGGCUUUGCUGCUCAUCAAGUAACUCCUUUCAAUGUCAGCACGCCAGACAAUGAAGUGCUCUAUGCAUGGCAUAUCUUACCUCUUGCAACCGUAGCAGCAAACAGAGAUGCUUUGGCUGCAGCCGACCUGCUUGAUCAAACUCUGCCGCUUCAGCUUCUCAAAUCCGAUCCUGAAGCCAGAGUAGUCGUGAACUGUAAGUUUCCUGCGAUGUUUUUUGAAGGACAUGUCGCUCAAGGCUGGCGUACAGACACUUAUCGCGCUCUCUCGAAUCAACCUCAUACCCAUAUCUUUACAGUCGACUACCGCGGUUUUGGUCGCAGCACUGGCUCGCCAACUGAAGCAGGUCUCAUCACUGAUGGCCGCGCUUUGGUCCAGUAUGUCCUAUCCCUCGGCAUUCCUCCCUCCCGCAUCGUGAUCCUCGGCCAAAGUCUUGGAACCGCAGUCGCCUCAGCCGUAGGACUGAGCUUCUCAGACCCGACCUCUGAACUCCUGCCUCAACCUAUAUCCAGCAGCAAAUUCGACACCGCAGUCUUCAGAAGCAUCAUUUUGGUGGCACCAUUUGCCUCGCUACCAGAUCUUUUGCUCAGUUAUCGUAUUGGCGGGUUAAUCCCCGUGCUGGCACCUCUGCGCAGCUCACCCUUUCUCGUCCGCAUGAUUUCGAAGUAUAUCCUUGAUACUUGGCCCACUGGUCUUCGCCUGAACGCUUAUGUGUCUGCUGCUGCUUCUGCGGUAUCUGAGAACAGUGGUGCGGGAAACGUGCAUAUUUUGCAUGCGCGCGAUGAUCAGGAUAUUGCCUUUGCACAGACGGAGAAGUUGUUUGCUAUAGCUACUGGGAGAGAGGUUGCGGUGUUGCCUUUGGGGAUGAGAGAGGUAGUUGGGGAGGGCAAGGUUGGGGUUAGGGUUGAGAUGUUGGAGUACGGGAUGCAUAAUCGGGUUGUUACGUAUGCUCCUGUUGGGUUGGCUGUUAUGAGGGCUUUUGAAGGGGUG